UCUAUUCUCAACACAACACUAAAGACAAUUGUACCAACCACACAACCACAAGAGAGAGAAAAAGAAAAUGGGAAAGAGAGCAACUACUAGUGUGAAGAGAGAAGAGUUAAACAGAGGAGCUUGGACUGAUCAUGAAGACAAGAUCCUAAGAGAUUAUAUCACGACUCACGGCGAAGGCAAAUGGAGCACUCUCCCUAACCAAGCUGCUGGGAGGCUUCCAGGCCGAACAGACAAUGAAAUAAAGAAUCAUUGGAACUCAAACCUCCGCAAAAGACUUCCCAAAACUCAAACCAAGCAAUCGAAACGUAUAAAACAUUCGACAAACAACGAGAAUAAUGUAUGUGUUAUACGUACAAAGGCGAUUAGGUGCUCAAAGGCUCUUCUCUUCUCGGAUCUCACUCUUCAGAAGCAGAGUAGUACUAGUAGUAUCAGUCCACUUCCUCUGAAAGAACAGGAGAAGGAUCAAGGUGGGUCUUCGUUGAUGGGAGAUCUCGACUUCGAUUUCGACAGGAUCCAGUCGGAGUUUCACUUCCCGGAUUUGAUGGAUUUUGAUGGUUUGGACUGUGGAAACGUUACGUCUCUUGUUUCAUCUAACGAGAUUUUGGGAGAUUUGGUUCCUGCUCAAGGUAAUCUCGAUCUCAAUAGACCUUUCACUUCUUGUCAUCAUCGCGGCGACGAUGAAGAUUGGCUCCGAGACUUCACUUGUUGAGCCUAUCGCAACAAUCUACGUUACUACUACAUAUUUCUCUAUACGGACAAAACAAAAGUAUACGUGUAUUUGUCUGUACGCUUCUAAUUUCUUAACUUACCAAAGAGACCAAGAAAAACAAAUAUUAAUCACAAUU